AUGUUUGGCCGCUCAACACGUACUAUUUUUGAUUUAUUAAUCCCAAACACAAAUGAAGUAGUUAUUAAUAACCAAAUUACACAAAUAAAAAAUUCAGGAAAAAGAGAUAUUAAUAUAAAAGAGGGUGAUUUGGUAUUAGUUAAGGAUUAUCGAAAUAAAAAUGAAAAUUGGCAAAAAGGAAAAAUAACAGAAAACAUUAGUAAAAACACUCAUAAAAUCAUACUAGACGAGGGUUCUGAAUGGAUAAGACACACUGAUCAGAUAUGGCCACACAACCAAAUAAAUAACUCACUGUCGCCUACACCAGCUAGACAAGCAAAUGAAAAUUCUAAAAUUACUGAAACAGUAGGUGAAAAUCAAAAUCCCGAUCCGGCCGAUCCCGUAAUAGUAAAUAAAACACCCAGACCAAUUAGAUCUAGAAAACCGCCUCAGCGAUAUUCUCCAAGUGAUUAUGCUUAG